GUAACAUUGAAAAGUACCGGAUUGCUUUCUAGUAAAAAAUGAAAACGUUUCCUUAACAACACUGGCCUUCGAAAAAUGAGCUGUUAUCGUUUACGGUUCGGCUAUUGCUAAAUUGUCGACAUCUCAAUUGGAGUUGUCAAUUUUGUGUUAGCGAAAAUAUCUAAACAAAUAAAAGUAACUUAAAACGCAAAAGAAAGAAGUAAAUAAAAAUUAGAGAUGGCUUUUGAAUUUGUAGCGUCAAGCUUAUCUCAAAACGAGCCAGUGACAAAUUUGUCAACGGUGGAUCGGCGUUUUCUGCGGGAUAUUGAUAAUCCCCUAGAUCUCCCACCUUUAGAGUUCCGGAAGCUUUACCGUGUGCGUCCAGGCAUGGUGGCGGACGUGGUUGAACGGCUGGAAGACCUUUUAAAAGGUUCAAGAAUUACAGCGAUAUCGGCUGAAAAACAGGUUCUUUGCGCUUUGCGAUUCUACGCCACGGGAUGUUAUCAACGGCCUGUAGGGGAACAAUGGGGAAUUUCACUGAGUCAGUCAUCUACCAGCCGCUGCACACACAAGGUAACCGAAGCCAUCCAUAGCCGCUUAUUCUUGUCGGAAGUGAAGUUCCCCAUGACCCAAAUAGAACGUCAAGCUGCCAAGGAAGCGUUUUCCUUAGCUCCUGCGCCUUUCGUCGGAGGAACCAUCAGUGCGAUCGACUGCACCCUCAUAUCCAUUUUGAGUUCUAAACAUAACGAGGAAGCAUACGUCAAUCAUCAUGGAUAUCACUCCAUAAAUGUGCGAAUGAUAUGUGACCCAAAUCUAAAAAUCCUUAACGUGAAUGCCAGGCAUCCGGGAGCACGACAGGACUCCUAUAUUUGGAGCUCUUCCGCUGUGCGACAAGUCAUGCAGCGAGCUUUUGAAGAUGGAAACCGCAAUAUGUUUUUGAUUGGGGAUUCUGGAUACCCAUUAGAGCCAUGGCUCAUGAUUCCUUUACCCAACCAGCCAGAAGCGUCACCAAAAUUUCGGUACAAUGAAGCGCUCUGCAAGGCACGGAGCCCGAUUGAGAGACUCUUUGGCUUCCUCAAAGGAACUUGGUGAUGCUUAUCACAACAAAGGGUUCUGUUAUAUGACCCCGCUUUCGCUGGUAAAGUCGUUAACGCGCGUGCAGCCCUUCACAACAUUCGUUUUAGUCAGCGGUCAAUUAGCGAUCCUAUUGAACAUUUUUCAACAGAUUUUGAGAAUUCGGACAGAACUCCACUGCAAAACGUGUACAAGAAAGAUUGAUAACGAACUUCUGUUCCUAAAAUUUGUAUGAUUACACUUCUAAGA